UGCGCGUGCCCGCCCACCAGUCCGUCCGCCCGUCCGUCCGUGCGCGCGCUCACGCGCAGCAAAGCACAGCCAACGCAGCCAGUGAGCUCGCGCUGCACAGACUGUGUGGGGAGGCACAAUCCGCGCGCAGCCAACGCGAGGCACAGACGUGACAAGCCCACGAGCCGUGAACCAUGAGUGGACACAUCCACGAGCAUGAGCGAUGACUGACCACGCAGCAGUACGGAACAAAUGACAGAAGAUUACACAUGAUGCCAGCAGCAGGAGAUCAAUCUAAUCUGAUUAUGUUUAAGUAAUGAAAGAUGCUGUGGAUGGGCUUUUCCUCCAUUGGAUUCCUUGAGUUACUCCAAGACGAUUAACAGCGAAGAUUUUUACUGAAGGUAUCUCUUGGUAGAAGUCAGAGAGCAGGAGCCAGCAUGUGGCCCCCUGACCUUGGGCCCCCAGACGUCCAGCUGACUCUACCUGGUUUUGGGAGUGCCUUUGAAGAUGCUGAGGACCUCCAGCCACCACUGUCAUCUGCAGGAUUCUGUCCGUCUUCAAUCCAUUCAGGUGGUCUGUGCUGUCUCCCAAUGACGUCCCUGUCACUGUCCUCCCUGGGUAGAGACCUCACGUCCUUACUGAGCUGUAAGACUAAUGGAUCCCACACAGAGAAAUCUGUGGAGGACUUUGCCACCACAGCUCACAUAGACCCUAAAGACACCCAGAGGUUCAGCUGCUACCCUCAGUCCUCCCUCCCUUUAUCGUACAUGCUCACUGGAUGUGCCACAUCUCCCACUUACUGCUCCCCUUCAUCCUCGGUUUCCUCUGCCUCCUCAUCCUCCUCCUUAUUUUUCCCCUCUUCCUUGCCUUCCUCCGACGCCAACAACAAAACAUCUCAACAACAACUGACGGUACAAGACGAGUACCACACCAUUAAACAAGAACCUGUAGAUAAUUUCUUGCCAUGUAAGACGGAACCGUUUCACAUGAACAGCCAGCAGGGGGAGCUGUUUCAGGUUGACCAGCCCCUCGAAUGCCACGACGGUCAGAAUGGCACCCAGACACCUCUGCACUCUCCGGGGCUUAAUGGACCCGUAGGACAGGAAGCCAGAGUGGACCAACAGAAGCAGCUGUGUCACUGGAUCGACUGCAAUGUCACUCACAGCAGCCAGGAGGAGCUGGUGAGGCACAUCGAGAAGGUUCACAUCGACCAGCGCAAAGGGGAGGAGUUUGCAUGUUUCUGGGCGGGCUGUGUGAGGCGCCACAAACCCUUCAACGCUCGCUACAAGCUGCUCAUCCACAUGAGGGUUCAUUCCGGAGAAAAGCCCAAUAAAUGCAUGUUCGAAGGCUGCUCUAAGGCAUUCUCCCGUUUGGAAAACCUGAAAAUCCACCUGAGGAGCCACACGGGAGAGAAACCGUACAUCUGUCAGCAUCCUGGCUGCCUCAAGGCCUUCAGCAACUCCAGUGACCGUGCCAAACACCAGCGCACACACCUGGACACGAAGCCGUACGCCUGUCAGAUCCCGGGCUGCACCAAACGUUACACCGACCCAAGCUCGCUGCGGAAACACGUCAAAGCUCACUCUGCCAAAGGCCUUCAGGAGAGAGAGGUCAAGGUUCAAGUGCACACGAUGCUAGAAUCGGACAUUUUGAGUGACUGUCUGGCGAGGCAGCAUCUCCACAACUCUGCCUCUUCCCACCGUGGAAGCAGCUCGACUUUACCAGGAUUAGACGAGUUCACAGGAGUUUACUCAAACAGCAGCACGGUCCACAACAGGGCCAACCCAGAGUUCCUUCCUCCAUCCACGGACACCUGCUCCAGGUAUCAAGGCCUCGAGGGAAACUUUGACGCUAACAGCCCGAUAUCUUCGUUAACAAGCCCAGGGAGCUUGAGAGAGGGGAACAGGCCGUCGUCGUCGUUCAUGGCCGCUGACGUCAGCCCAGUGAGCUCUUCAUCAGAGAGAGUAGACGUCCGGCUGCAUGGUUACCAGAAAACCUACAGCCACCAACAGCAAGUGAUGUCACAGCAACAAGGUUGUCUGUACGAAGAAGGGAAGGUGGUUCAACCACUCAAUGAUGGAGGCUUUGAACCUGGCAGUUACUUUACUAACUUGUCCACCUCUCACUCUACAGGGUUCGACAUGUUGCAGGACCUGCAGGGCCAGGCGGGCGGCGGUUACGCCAUGUCUCCCUGCCCUGACGAUAGCUUUCUCUUCCAGGGAGGAGGCAUCGACCGCUGCCUCAAUCAGAUCUACUCCAUCUACCUGGACUCGUGAUCACAGCACACAACCAGAUGCAAAAAUCCCAAAUAUUUUUGUUUUCCCAGAAUCUUAUUUGCUUUCCAGUUUUCCCAGAAUGUCUUUGUUUUUCCAGGCACAGAGUGCAGCAAGUGUGACGGACAAUCACCUCUACAACGUGCUGUGAACUCAAAGCUGACGAUGUCAGCAUUGUUCUUGUUUAUAACGGGAAUUUUAAUGGCACAAACAAAAAAAAAACGGACAAAAACAUGAGAUGCUGGGGGCAAAGUGGAAACCAUAAAUGGCCAAAGAUGAAAUCUGGUCAAAUUAUAGAUGUAAAUAACUGGCUUCAGAGAUGACCACAGCAUUUGUGAUCUGGGUAGAAUGAGCUGCAUGACUCAUGUAGUAGUUUUUGGUGUUUUCUUAAAAAAAAGAAGGUUCUCAUUGAUAUUAAACUCAGUAGUUGAGGUUAAUUUUGCCUCACUGUCAGCUGGGAUCUUAUAAUACAAUAGCUCCCUAUAAUAAUCUGGGCUCAACACACGUGUGUGAAGGUUAAGUAGAGGAUAAAAAACAACUUUGACGUCUUUCUGCUUCACACAUCCUUCUAAUCUACCUGAAUUUUAGUCACAUUUGUUCAUAUAAAACAUACAACAUUUGAAACCAAGAGGAUAAUACUUUGUGCAUAAGCUGCUAACAACUAUGUGAAAGUGGUUUGUAAGAAGCCCCUUAAAUUAUCACAGGCCGAAAUGGUUCGGGCUGAACAAUUUAUUGAAAUUUGAUCAAAAUCACGAUAUAUUUCCUGCGGCUAAACAGUGUGUCAAUGUACCAUUUUAGGUUAAUUAUUGUCCUGAUUUAUGCACAUCAUAGUCUACAGACCUGAAAACCUCUAUAUCUCUCUCAGAUUUGCACAAAUAUCACAAUUAAAUAUGUUAUUUAAAUGAAAAUGAGAUAUUA